UUUAUUGUAAACAGAAGCGGCAUCGGUACAGUACGAGGCCGACGCAGAGGUAAAGGAAAAGAAACACGAAGAUUACUCAAAGAACGUGUAUCCAGUAAUGUUGGACAAACUGGAUGAGAUUAUCAAGAAGAACAAUGGACAUAUCGCUGCAGGAAAGCUCACUUGGGUCGAUUUCAUGUUCGCCAGUAUGAACAGUUACCUAAAGUUUAUGCUCCGUAUUCCUGAUCUGGACAAAAAGUACCCGAGCUUCCAGCAAGUGAUCGACAAUGUUUACUCCAUCCCUCAAGUAAAAACUUACAGCGAUAAUGCUGCAGAACAGAAAUGUAAACACCAUAACAGUCAUUAGUCAUCACUUUGAUCUGCGAGUGGUUUUUGAUUUGUUUCAAAGAUUGUCACAGUUUGUUGAAAAUUGUUGCACAAUAUGAAAUAUAUUAGAUGUUUAUAUAUUCGUAAGUAAAAGUAAAUUUGUGACGUUUGUUAAUUAAAUGUUUUA